AUGGAUUUGUAAUUAUUCUCUGAAAUUACUUAUUGGAUUGUGUUAACAUUUUCAAUAAUAGGAGUGUUACUUUCAUUAUUUUACAUCUUCAUUUUCUUUAGAAUUCCAAAAUUACACAAAAGUCCAGGAGAUAUUUAUUUUGGAAUGAGUAUUGGAGAAUUGAUUAUAAUGUUGCAUUAGUAAGUAAAAAUGAAAAUUGAUUAGUUUAACAGAUUCUAUUGUCUAAUUAAAGAGUGAUAUGAAAAACUAUUCAACUAGCAGCUUAUGUUACAUCAAUCUUGUAGCAUUUACAUUUUCAGUCUUAUUAAUAUAUUCAUAUACAAUUUAAUUGUACAUGCAUAUGGUUAUAAGAUUAAUAUUCACACUUUAAGCAAAAAAAAUUAAUAAAUGGUAAGGACAUCUUGUAACAUGGAUAAUUUCAUUUUUCUAUGCUUUAAUAUCUCUAGUAUCUUUUUAAGAAAGUUAUCUUUGUGGAGUCACACUUUCUUCAACUGCACCAUUUACAUUUAUUAUAUUGUUACUUAGUUUCUUUGUUGUAGCAAUCACAGCUAAACAAUACAUUAAAUAAUAAUUUGAAUGUCAUUAAACUGUAAAUCAUCUCAUAUAUAUAUUAUUUAGAGUAAACUUAAAAAACAAGGUGCUAGUUUUGUAUACUACAUAACUAAAUUAUUUAUUGCCUAAUCUAUUAUUAUGACUAGUUUUAUUUUAUUUGCUAUGGCUGCAUAUCUCUUAAAUUAAAUCAAUAAAAUUCCUGAAAAAUGUAGUCCUAAAGAUUAAGGUUGGUUAGCUAUACUUAGUUUUUUUGCUUAGAUUUCAGCUGUCACUUAUCCUAUUGUUAUACCUAUUAUUAGAUAUUCUGAUCCUUUUGUUUUAAAACAUAUUAGAAAAUAUUUAUUUUAACAUAGAUAACCAUUAGAUACUAGUGAUAUUUCAUUAAUUGUAUAAUCAUUUCAUCAAUCAAGCAUGUAAUUAUUAUUAAUCUAAUUUUAUUAAGAUAAUAAAAAAAAAUUAGUCUUGAUGGUCUUAGUCAAUCAUUAAUUGAAUAAAAUACUCUCUAAUUAGAAUAAUAAAUUUUCAAAAAUCAACAUUCAUCAUCUGAUUAUUUAAGAUCUCAUACUGCUUCAUCUAAUGGAAGACCAAGAUAACUUACUAUUUAAAAUAAAUUAGAAGAUCCUUUUAUUCAUCAACUUACUAAUCAAUUAAGAAGUGAAAUAAUUAAAAGAAUUAUGGCUUUAAUUUUACUCUAAGAAUAAGAUAAAAUUAAAUCUAUUAACUAGAAUUAAAAUUUUAAAAAAAUAAGAAGAUAUCAAGCUAAUCAAGAUUAUAAUGAAUAAUAUGUCUUUACUGUCAAUUAAAUAUUUUUAAAAUAAAAUUUUGAAAAUCAUUUUUAAAGUUAAAAUAAAAAAUUUAAAAUGAUUUCGUACGCUCCUGUCAUUUUUAAUAUUCUAACGUAUUUAUACUAUCAUAUUAUAUUAGAAAGUAAGAUUUUGACUAGUUAGAUAUAGCAAACUGUUUAGAUCUUGAAACUAAUUAAGAUUAAAUCAGAGAAUGUGCUUAAACUACUGGGGGAAAGUCAGGAGAGUUCUUCUUUUUUAAUUAUAAUAAUAAAGUUCUCUUAAAAACUAUAAGUAUGACAGAAUUAUAAACUUUAAUUGAGAUUAUUGAAUAAUAUUUCUGGCAUUGUACUAAUAAUCCUAAUACAUUAAUUGCUAAGAUUUUAGGAAUAUAUACAUUUGAAGGAUUCGAAAUUGGAAGAAUUUCUAUGAUUCUUAUGAAGAAUAUUGCUAAAAUUAAUAAAAUGGCUAUCACUCGCAAUUUUGAUCUAAAAGGUAGUAGUCAUGAUAGAGAAGUAAUUAAAUCUACUAAAUCAUCUGGUGAAUUAAAUUCUUAACAAUAAGAAUUAAUUGUAUCAAACCAUAUAGUACUCAAAGAUUUAGAUUUCUUAAAAUUAGAAAAAUAAAUUAAUAUUAGUUCUGAAUUCAGUACAGUUAUUUAUGAACAAUUAGAAAUUGACACAUUAUUUUUAAAGUCUUUAGGAUUUAUGGAUUAUUCUUUAUGUUUGAUUCUUGUUGAUUGGCUAAGUUUUUAUAAAUCUUAACUCAUUGAUGAAAUUUAAGAUGAAGAAUUAAUCAAUAAGAUUAUCAAUUAAAAAAUAACUAGAUUGUAACAUUGUUAUCCUAGUUUAAUCUAAAAAGGAUUCUAUUAUCAUAUAGGAAUUAUUGACUAUUUGCAAAAAUAUAAUUUAUAAAAAAUUACUGAAAAAUAUGCCAAAAAGUUUAUGAAAUUAGAUUCAAAUCUAGAUACGUCCUCAUAAAACCCUUAUGAAUAUAGAAAAAGAUUCUUAAUUUUUAUGAAGAAAAUUUUAUGA